GAAGGCAGUGGAUAAAGAUGACUCAUUUUGAUCUUGUAGAGCUGGUUGGGCUUGGCUGGCUCACCCCAGGGAACCCCCAGAUGGACCUUCAUGAUUUUCCGCCCUCUCCACAUCCAUUCCAUAGGAGCACCUGGGAAGGCAAGGGCGGCCGGGAGGGGACUUUCCUGGCACCUCAAGCAGGGUCCUGCCUCCAUCCCUUCUCUUGGCUCCCCUCCUGCCUGUUGGGGAGAGGGUCGGCAGCGGCUCCACCAGUCAAUCUCCUCCUGAUAUUCCACCAUUCCAGUUGCCCCGUAGGAGCGCCGGAGCCUCAGCACAUCGCCUGCUCACACCUGCACAGGCCCCAGCGGGAACCUCAGGGAGGCCACCAUGUCCCAGGCCACCACCUGCCUCAAGCAGCAGGGGGACGGUGGGGAGAGCCCCCCACCACUGCCACCACCACCGGGAUCCCCGCAUGUUUUCCCUCGGGAGACGCUCUUCCGACAGGCAGGUGGGGUCACCUACCGCAUCCCGGCUCUGCUCUACGUCCCCCCGGAUGAUUCCUUCCUGGCCUUUGCCGAGAAGCGCUCCUCGGCCCGGGACGAGGAUGCCAAGUACCUGGUGCUGCGGCGGGGCCGCCGGCACGGCUCCUCGGUCAAGUGGGGUCUCAUGGAGGAGCUGUCGGCAUUGGCUCUGCCCGGCCACCGCACCAUGAACCCCUGUCCUCUCUACGACGCCAGGAGCGGCACCGUCUUCCUCUUCUGCAUCUGCGUGGAGCAGGGAAAGACGGAGCGAUGCCAGAUCCUGAGCGGCUGCAGCGCCGCGCGCCUCUGCUUCGCCACCAGCGCCGACGGCGGCCGCGGCUGGACCGCGCUGCGGGACGUGACGGACGAAGCCAUCGGUGCCGACCUGUCCCGGUGGGCCACCUUCGCCGUGGGGCCGGGCCACGGGGUACAGCUGGACUCGGGGCGGCUGGUGGUGCCGGCCUACACCUACUACGUGCACGGGUGCCUGUGCGGGGCCGUGCGGCUGCCGUGCUUCACCCGGCAGCAUUCCCUCGUCUUCUACAGCGACGACGGCGGGCGCCACUGGCACAAGGGUGCCCUGCUGGGCGGAGAGCGGACGGGCGAGUGCCAGGUGGCCGAAAUCCGCGGCGCCCAGCAGCCCCUGCUGUACUGCAGCGCCCGUGCGCCGCGGGGCUGCCGGGCCGUGGCGCUCAGCUCCGACCGCGGGCUGCGCUUCGAGCGGCCGGCGCGGUGCGAGGCGCUGGGCGAGCCGCCGCGGGGCUGCCAGGGCAGCGUGGUCAGCUUCGCCGCGCCCGCCCGCGCCGCCCAGGCGCCCACCUGGCUACUGUACUCCCACCCCACGGACCGGCACCGCCGGCGCGAUUUGGGCCUCUAUGUCAACCCCUCGCCGCUGGACGGGGCGGGCUGGCGGCGCCCGUGGCUGCUGCACACGGGGCCGGCCGGCUAUUCCGACCUGGCCGUCUGCCCCGGCGGCCUUUUUGGGUGCUUGUUCGAGUGCGGCGCCAGCAGCGCCUGCGAGGAAAUCACCUUCUGCCUCUUCAUCCUGGACCCCUCUGGCGAUCAGAACCUCACGGCUUCCUAAAAUAGACCCAUUUUAGGCAGUGCAGUCGCUCCUGAGCAUCGGCAGCCGGAUCCAGUGAGCACGGCAGUGCCGAGACCUCACCAGGAUAUUUCAGCUACAUCAGGAGACUCAGCACCGUGUACCUUUUAUUUAUUUACGGCUUUUUAAUCACCCGUCAGAUGUUGUCGGUGACCUGCGGCAGUGGAGGAUCUGCUCUGGUCCGAAAUGCCGCUGUUUCUCAAAAAUCAGCAUUUUUUGCCUGGUAGCAGCAGAAAAGCAGAAGGUGCCAGCAAGAGCAGCUGGUUCCCUGAGGAAAAAGUACCCAAAAAUCUUGCUUUAGUUAAAAACAUUCCCGUUCCUUUGUUCCUGCAGGUGGCAGAUAAUUCCCAGUUUUUACCUUUUUUUAUCCUGUUUUCUUCACUUGCCAGCUUCAGACUGAGUUACUCCCUGCCUCCUAGGGAAAGGUGCUCAAAUCUUGGGAUGGGGGGUGUUUCAUUCUGCUCUAUAGGGAACGGGCUGUAGCAUCCCGACAGUGACAGUGACCUCACAUCCCUGUGCUGCUGUCAAAUAAAAUCCUCCCAAAAUAUAAGAAA